CCAACAUGAAAGUACUCCUCAUUAUAUUAUUCCUACUGGCAGUCCAUCAUCAGGCAUUUUCUGUAACACCAGAAAAAUUAUUUACCACGCAAAAUAAUAAAACUUUUUAUAUUGAACAUGAACACAAGUAUGACUGGUAUGAAGCCUUGGCAAAAUGUGCCCGCAUGGACAUGUCGCUGACAGCCUUCGAUUCGAAAGUCAAAUGGGACGCUGUAAUUUCCAUGAUAAGAAAACAGUUUGGAAAAAAUCUAGUUUUAUGGAUUAGCGGUUAUGCAGUUGGUGAACAGCGUCAAUUCAUGUGGAUGACUACGGGUGAAGAAUUUACAUUUACUAAUUGGACUGUUAACAAUCCAGAUUUUUCUGAAAAAAAGGAAUACUGUGUGCAAAUUGGUAAUGGUCCUUAUAUGGAAUGGAACGAUAAUACGUGCACUAAGAAAUUUGGUUUUAUUUGUGAAUUUAAAGAACAAAAGUGCCAACUAAACUGUCAUGACAGUGCCAAACCAAAGUAUCAUUUAAGUUUUAAUAAUUAUCAGAAAAGUUAAAUAAAAAAAGAACUAAACAAUACACAUUUUUAUUUGAUUUCAAGUUGAAAACAAGAUUUUAUCAGCUUUGAUUUGUUUUAAUUAAAAUAUCUUACUGGCAAAUAUAA